AUGGACCGUAGACUUGAUGCUGAAUUCCGGCGCGGAGCCUCAAAUAAUGUUGCCAGUCUCCCGGAGGGUCUCAGCUAUUCAGUUGCAAUAGAUAAAAGAAAUACGAAAGUUUAUAUUGGAACAGGGAAAGGAAUAUAUGCGUAUAAUUACGAUUCAGAAGAUACGAGUUUAGUUUCGUCGCCAGAAAUUAAAUCAAAUAUGCUAUUUUUAGACAAAGAUGGUAACAAGUAUAUAACGGACAGCCCCGAUGGGGUUGAACAAUUGUAUUUACUAUCUGGUGAUAGAAAAAUUCCGUUUAAAUCUCUUGAAGCUUUGAAUGAAGUGGCAGUGGAUGACAACAAUAACUUUUACUUUAUUAGGGAGGAAAAGCUAUACGUUCUAAAAUCCAAUCUCUCUCAUCCAGUUUUCGUAGGUAAUGUAACAUAUGAUGGCUUUGCCCAAAUAUCAUUCCAUAAACAUACUGUUUAUGUUGCCAGUGAAACAUUAACAUAUCUGCACGAAAAUGAUACAGGUUCACUAAAGAGAGUAAAAAAUAUACCGGGAAAUAUUACUGCUAUAGCAUUUGAUUAUUCAAAUAAUUUCGUACUGGGUACUCGCGGGAAGAUUUUGAAAUACGAAAACAAAAAUAACGAAUGCUAUCAUAGAAAAAAUUAAGAAUCGGAAUGAAAAUAUUCUCACAGAUAAUUUUAAUACGAUUACAAAAUGAAUUAGGCAAAUAACUUAUCUCAUUAAACAUAUCCAGAACAAUUAUAGGUACACAUUUAAUCUUCACACAUAAGUCUGAUAGACUUAUGUACUAUGUAGCUUACAGAGCUAUUGUUACAACAAUAUUGUUAACAGUAAGAGGGUAAUAUUUAAGAGUUUAAAUCAUCAAUACACACUAAAUUUAAUACUUGACAGUAUAACCAUAGUAUCGCAAUCAAGAAUCAUUUUAACAAUUAAUAUAGUUUAAGUAUACCAUAGCAUACAUUAAUGUAACCAAAAUAAAACUUUCUUUCUCAUAACAUUGAAGUUUCUAAAGUUGAGAAUGGAAAUGCAUGUGAGUAGAAUUGAUAUAAUUUAAUAUCAACC